AUGCAUUCUGACUCACUUCCUCCGUAUAUGUCCUAUGAAAUAAUUAUUCCCAGGCGGUUAGAACCAGAGAGAGGAAAGGCCAAGAAGGACGGACUUUCGUACAUCAUCAAGGCAGCCGGAAAGGAACACAUAAUUCGACUGAAACGAAGGAACAACUUUCUGAUUGGGAACCUGCCGGUCUUCACCUACGAUUCCGAGGGGAGAAAGGUGAAAAAUUCCCUUGUCGCCCUCAGCACCUGCUUUGGCCUUAGAGGAUUCAUAAAACUCAGAGGUCUACAUUACGGCUUGGAGCCUUUAGGGGGUUCGCGGCUAUUUCAGCAUUUCCUCUACCUGACCAAUAAAACCGGUUUCAAUUCCACAGUCUGUGGCCUGGGAGCUGAUGGUCCAAAUCACCAGGCAGAAGAGGCGGGGAGAGGGAGGCCUAAUGUCAGGUUUGCGAAUGAUCUGUUGUAUAUUGAGCUGUACGUGGUGGUGGACAACAUGAUGUUUCGCUAUGAAGGUCGCAAUGAAACCAGAGUGAUAUAUAUCGUUUUGGACACAAUUAAUAUGGUGUACACGCAUUACCGUUUCCUGAAUAUUGCGGUCAUUCUGGUGGGUCUGGACAUCUGGAAAGAACGCAACCCCAUUGAGAUUUCCAGAGACACCACGAAUCUCACCCACGAUUUAAGCGAAUGGAAAAUCGCCCAUGCCAAGGAGGUACAGCGUGACACGACCCACUUGUUUGUUCAUCAGAGAUUCGAUGCAGUGCCUUGGCAUUUCUACCUCGGCGGCAUCUGCAGCCCAGAUCUUUCUGUAGGGAUAGACCCCUACCUAACCAGGGAUCUGCAAGAAUUCUCCAAUAUCAUCUCUCACACGUUGGGUCACAACCUUGGCUUGGGCCACGAUGGCCCUUACUGUUUUUGUGAUGAGCAAACAAGCUGUAUCAUGCACCCUUCUCACACGACGUUUGCCUUGUUCAGUAACUGCAGCAUAGCCUCUUUGUCACGUCUAAGAAUGGGGAAAAAGUUGGGUUGCCUGCACAACGCCCCGGACCCCACUUCACUUUUCAAGUUCAAGCACUGCGGCAAUAAAGUGGUGGACGAAGGAGAACAGUGCGAUUGCGGCGGAGAGCAGCAAUGCAGAUGGGACCCUUGUUGCAACCCCAACUGCACCUUCAAGGGAAAGGCCAUUUGUACCCACGAGGACUGCUGCAAAGACUGCCAAUUCACCCGAAGGGGAGCACUCUGGGAAUCUAGGUGGUGUCCGGCGGAUGUGUACAAACAGGAUGGGACACCGUGCGACAAAAAUGCCUACUGUUAUGCAAACAAAUGUUCAGCUCACAGUUUCCAAUGCGCUGAUAUCUUUGGCGAAGAAGCCAGAACGGCUCCGUGGCACUGUUUCAAAGCACUGAAUAUGGCUGGAGAUGAAUUAGGCAACUGUGGCAGUGACGGAGAAGGAGAAACAUUUGUGAAAUGCAAGGAGGAAGACGUUCUGUGCGGGAGACUGCACUGCACCAACGUCAGGAGGCAGCUCAACCUGCUGACCUACACCCAGUCGUUGGUCAACGGCGUGUCUUGCUGGAGCACCAAGUACCAACGCAGAAGAGGCACGGAGGACAAAGGAGCCGUGCCAGAUGGAACAGUAUGCGACAGCAACAAGAUAUGCAUGAACAGGACAUGCGUCCCCAUCUCCAUUUUGAAAUCUGCGUGUGACCCAAUGGAGAAGUGUCACGGCAGAGGUGUCUGCAACAAUCGCGACAACUGCCACUGUCAUCGUGGUUGGGCCCCCCCCUUCUGCACGCAUUUCGGUUCAGGGGGGAGCAUAGAUGGCGGGUCCCCCCAGCAUGCUUUUACCGCGCUCUUCUUCAGUUUUGCUUUUAAAGUCGUGGUUCCUGUCCUAGUGGUGGGGGUGGCGGUCUUCACCCUCCUUAGCUCCAGACUGAGGUUGCUGCUUAACCGGUGCAGACAGAGAAUCUCGUGUUGGCGCUGA